GCGGUCAAUGCUGCCAUAGCCAAAAAUACUGGUUGGCAAAAAAGGAGCAUAGUUUGGGAUUUACCUUAUUGGUCUUCCAAUCUUAUUCGACAUAACUUAGAUGUCAUGCACAUCGAGAAAAAUGUCUUUGAGAAUACUUUUAACACAGUGAUGAAUAUUGAAGGGAAGACAAAGGAUAAUGCAAAAGCAAGAGAAGAUAUGAACAUUUAUGUCGUAGAAAAGAGUUAGAGAAAGAUAUGCGAACAGGUAAAUACCCUAAGGCUUGCUAUACUCUUGAUAAACAACAAAAGCAUAAAUUAUGUGAAUGGGUGAAAAGCCUGAAGUUUCCAGACGGCUAUGUGUCCAACAUGGGAAGGUGUGUUGACAUGCAUAAGUACAAGCUUUUCGGUAUGAAGAGCCAUGACUGUCAUGUGUUUAUGCAGAGAUUAUUACCAAUUGCAUUUUGCGAGUUCCUUCCAAAUACAGUUUGGCAAGCAUUGACUGAGUUGAGCUUGUUUUUCAAAAAUCUUACUGUUACAAAUAUUAAGGUGUAAGAUAUGGAGCUUCUGGAAGUAGAAAUUCCCAUUAUUAUUUACAAGUUAGAGCGUAUAUUUCCUCCUGCCCUCUUUGACUCGAUGGAACACAUUCCCAUCCAUCUACCGUAUGAGGCAAAAAUUGCAGGACCAGUACAAUAUUGAUGGAUGUAUCCUUUUGAGAGGUAAUAAAGAGUCGUUAUUUUCCUUUUAUGUUAUAAAACUCAUCAUAAACUUCCCCUAACUCAUUUGAGUAUGGUGUUUUCUAUUUUUAGAUUUUUAGGACACCUAAAGAAAAAUGUAAAGAACAAAGCAAAAGUAGAAGGCUCAAUAUGUAAUGCGUACUUAGUUGAAGAAGCAUCUAAUUUUUGUGCGCAUUUUUUUGAGCCUCAUGUCAUAACGCGGGAUCGACAAUUUCCCCGUAAUGAUGAUGGUGGGGACAAUGAUGAAAUCAAAGGAAAUUUAUCAAUAUUCAAGUAUCCUGGUCAACCGUAUGGCAAAGCUAAAACAAGAUGGUUAGGAGAUGAUGAAUAUAAGGCUACCCAUAUAUACAUCCUUCUAAAUUGCCCUGAAAUUGACAUAUAUUUGAAGAUGUUCCAAGCUGAGCUACAAUAGACAUCAUGUAAUAUCAGUGAUGCAAAAGUUAAUGAAUUAAUAGAACAAACAUUUUCAGAUUGGUUCAAAUCUUAUGUAAGUCUACAUUUAUAUAAACCAUUCCAUUGUCUAAAUGUAAUUAUUAACAUUAUUUAUGAUAAUAAAGAUUUAAAUUCUCUUUAACUUAUAAGGCAAGGAGUGCAAAUGUUGACAAUAAAUUCAUUAAGGAUUUAGCACAGGGACCAUUGAAAAGGGUGAUAUCAUAUCCUGUGUAUUUCAUAAAUGGAUAUAGAUUUCACACAAUCAAUCAUGGUGUUAAUCGAUUCACGAUGAAUAGUGGAGUUUGCAUUAGGGGAUCAACAUAUGGUGACACAACUGAUGAUUACUAUGGUCUGUUGAAAGAGGUAAUUCAACUAGAGUACCCUGCAUUACCAAUAAAGAGAGUUGUUCUCUUUAAGUGUGAAUGGUUUGAUAUAACUCCAAAUGUCGGCAUUAAGGUCCACAAACACUAUAACUUAGUGGACAUCAAUCACAAAAAAAGAUUGAAUAAAUAUGAACCAUUCAUACUUGCUUCGCAAGCUGAACAAGUGGUUUAUAUUCCUUAUCCUAGCUUGAGACGAGACAAGGCUGAUUGGUAUGCAGUGUGUAAAGUGAAGCCUAGGGCCAUUAUCGUCAUGCCUCAGAUAAAUGUAACAGAGCCAAUACCUGACCAAGCAUUCCAAAAUGAGGCAGUACAAAUCUUACAAAUUGAUACAGAAGUUGCAGAUGAACAGAUUGGACCCCUAGACGAUCCAAGCGGUGAACCACUAGAGCUUGCAUCUGUUGAAGAAGAGGAACAACCAGAUGAAGAAGUUUUACUUUCAUCAUCAGAAAGUGAAGAAGAAGAUGAAGAUGAAAUUCAUGUUUAUGACGAUGAUAGUGAUAGUGAAUAAAUUAUAUUGUACUAUAUAG